UAUGGACCAAUAGUAUUAGUUCUAAGUGUAACAUAAAAUAUUUUUUUCAUCUCCGUGUAAAAUUGAAAAUUGAAAACAAAGAAAAACCCAUGAAAAAUUUAAUUGAUAUUUUCUGCCGAAAAUAAGUGUAAAAAUAUUAUUAAAAUGUCUGUAUUUACACUAUAAAGCACAGUAUUACCGUGCAUGUUGUUUUACCGUAGAAGUGAUACAGUGAGUUAAUUGUUGGCGUGUCCGGCAUAAGGUUCAUCUAAAGACAAGCGUGCUUUCCUUCCCGUAUGGCUGCGUAUGUUAACCGUACGUUGUCCAUGAUGGCUGGCGACGGGCCGCACAACGUUGCGACGCUGAACAAUGGCUCCGUGCGCGUCAACAUGUCCAAUGUGGACUCACCGCUGCAGAUAUUUGUCCGUGCCAAGAAGAAGAUCAAUGAUAUAUUUGUGGAGAUUGAUGAUUAUGUCAAAGAUGCUGUCACAUUUAUGCAUGCGGUGUCUGGUGAGAACGGAAUCGCGACGCCUCAGGACGUGGCGAACGUGGAGUCGUACGUGUCCAAGGUCCAGGCCAUACGGGAGGUGCUCAAGCGGGAUCACAUGAAAGUCGCCUUCUUCGGCAGGACGAGUAACGGCAAGAGUACGGUUAUAAACGCGAUGCUGCACGACAAGAUCCUGCCGAGCGGCAUCGGGCACACCACCAACUGCUUCCUGCAGGUGGAGGGCUCCGACACCGACGAGGCGUUCCUCAGGACCGAAGGCUCCGAGGAGAAACUCAAUGUGCAGUCGGUGAGCCAGCUGGGCCACGCGCUGUGCGCGUCGCGCCUGCAGGAGUGUUCGCUGGUGCACGUGUACUGGCCGCGCGAGCUGUGCGCCCUGCUCCGGGACGACGUGGUGCUGGUGGACAGCCCCGGCGUGGACGUCACGCCCAACCUGGACGAGUGGAUCGACAAGUACUGCCUCGACGCGGACGUGUUCGUGCUCGUCGCCAACGCAGAGUCCACGCUCAUGGUCACCGAAAAGAACUUCUUCCAUAAAGUGUCGACGAAGAUAUCGCAACCGAACAUAUUCAUACUGAACAAUCGAUGGGACGCGUCAGCCUCGGAGCCGGAGUACCUGGACCAGGUCCGCACACAGCACGCGAACCGCUGCGUGGACUUCCUGUCGCGGGAGCUGCGCGUGUGCACGCCCAAGGAGGCUGAGGAGCGGAUCUUCUUCAUCUCCGCCAAGGAGGCGCUCCUCACCAGGCUCAGGGACCGACAUCAGCCCGUUUCUUCACCCACGCUCGCUGAUGGACAUCAGGUGCGGUAUUUCGAGUUCGUGGACUUCGAGCGCAAGUUCGAGGAGUGCAUCAGCCAGUCGGCCGUAAGGACCAAGUUCGCGCAGCACUCGCGCCGCGGCAGGAACAUCGCCGCUGACGUCAUGGCCGCGCUGGAACUCGUGUACAACACAGCGACAGACCAGAAGAGCGCGAAGGUGGAGAAGCAACGCGUGCUGCACGAACAGCUGUCCGCCAUCGAGGAGCAGCUCACCACCAUCACGCGACAGAUGAAGGACAAGAUCAGCCGCAUGGUCGAGAGUGUCGAGCACAAGGUGUCGCUGACGCUGAGCCAGGAGAUCCGGCGGCUGUCGGCGCUGGUGGACGAGUACGACGCGGCGUUCCGUCCGGAGCGCGCCGCCCUCGACCAGUACAAGCGCGCGCUGCACCGCCACGUCGAGGCGGGGCUCGGCUCGCGGCUCAAGAAGCGACUCUCCGCCGACAUCGGCCACGAGAUGGACCAGGUGCAGAAGGAGAUGGCUGACCGCAUGUACAACAUCCUACCGAUACACAAGCGCGCGGCGGCCGCGAGCUACAUCAUCCCGCACCAGCAGCCGUUCGAGGUGCUGUACCGCCUCAACUGCGACAACCUCUGCGCUGACUUCCAGGAGGACCUCUCCUUCCGUUUCUCCUACGGGAUCACUGCGCUCAUACAGCGGUUCCAGGGCAAGAACACGAAUAGGAUCGCAUUGAACAACCCACCACAGUACACACCAAUCCCACCAACGGUGCGAAGUUUGAGCGGCCCUGAGAAUGCAGUAGCAGUGCCGACGGCGGGUCGCGUAGGCCCCUUCAGCGCGGAGGAGUGGGGGCUGGUGUCCAAGUUCGCACUGGGCGCUCUCACAUCCCAGGGGACCAUGGGCGGCCUGCUACUCUCCGGACUCUUGCUGAAGACAGUAGGGUGGCGCAUAGUGGCGGUUACUGGCGUGCUGUACGGCGCGCUGUACGCGUACGAGCGGCUGACGUGGACGGCAAAGGCGCAGGAGCGCGUGUUCAAGCGCCAGUACGUCGCACACGCCGGCAAGAAACUCAGGCUCAUCGUCGACCUCACCUCCGCUAACUGCAGCCACCAGGUGCAGCAGGAGCUAUCAACGAUGUUCGCGCGCCUGUGCCGCCUGGUGGACGAGGCGACAACGGAGAUGGACUCGGAGCUGCGCGAGGUCCGCGAGGGCAUCACCAUGCUGGAGGCCGCCUCCACCUCCGCUAAGAAGCUGCGCAACAAGGCCAACUACCUGUCGCACGAGCUGGAACUCUUCGAGGACGCCUUCCUCAAGCACAACAAUUAGUUACGCAACGUUAUUGUCCAAGGUACAACGCGCAAGUGAGCUCGCGUCCACGCGGCGGACACGUGCGGACUCGUGCGGACACGUCCGGAGAUCCGUCGCUCGCACUCGCAGCUCGCUCCAGCCGCCGGCUCGGCCGCGGGACGGCAGUGGGUUUAGAUAUGCCACCGAGUGCUUCGUGUAGGAUUCGAAACUUCCGUUGCUAUUAUUAAGUCAUAAGGCGUUGAUAGGUUUUUAAGGGCUAUCGGAUUGGCGUGUAUCGAUAUUGACAAGUAAUUGAGGAUUAGGGCAAAGAUUGUAGUUUUCGAAUUGGAAUAGAUGGUACUUCAGUAUCCAAUAAGGGACAUCUCUGGUUCUUGUCCCGUUGAGUCUUUCUGUCUGUCAAAGAAGGUAUUUGAUCCAAUACAUCCUAGUGGUUUGGUGGGUUGAUACUUUGUUUGAUGUCAGCGGGAUAAUAUGCUAGUUUUUGGCUUGGGUCCGAAAUAUUAUUUUGCUCCCUUUUACCUUUAUUUGAUCUAUUAGGUAGAUUUUUAAAUACAUUGGCAGCUAAGCCAGUUUUUUUUAAUCAGAGGCAAAAGUGUAUAACUGUGUAGCUAACUCGCUAGGGCUGCGGGACAAAAUUGCGUUUGGUAUGUUUGAUAAGAUGACAAUUUGAUGGACGGUCAAAUGCCAAACAAACUCAAACUAUAACUUAAAUUUAUCUCGGAGGCCUCAUCAGUCAGUAAUUGAUUCCUAAUACUAGGCAAUAAACUCGAUAUCUGUAAAACUAGCAACAAUAGAAAGAAAAAACUCGUGUUGCGAAACAAAUAACACACUUUUUCAUGUAAGACCCAAGCAAUGUUAAAAUUCAGAUUAAUAUUCUACGUAUAAAAUUAAGAAAAAAAAACUUUCGUUUCGUAUCGAAUGCCGAGUCUUAUGAAAGUAGUUCCUCGCUAUCUAUAAAGCCUACGACGCAUGUAUAUUUGAGUUUGUUUUUUAAUUCUGGAGACUAGGGUUACAAUCAUAUUGUGUUAGGAGGGUCCGAUUUUAUAGCUUAUCAUAUAAAUAUAAUGUUAGAAUGCAUCAUAUUUCGCGUAGCCUAAAUGCCUGUGAGGCCGAUUGAGUGUACCACAAGGCAGGUCAAGAAUAUUAUGACGUAUGUACAAAAUCGCAUAAUGAGGCAAGGACUUCGGACAAGUCAGUGUUAUUGAAGGAAGUCAGCGUAGAAGCGGUCCAAUUAAUAUAUUUAUGUUUUUAAACCUAAUUGUCGUAAACUGAUUAUUUCAUUAUCUAACUGAUUUAGAUAAAAAAAAAUCAAAAAUUUCUAGGUAGGCCAUGCCAGUAUUAGACUAGUUUUGUGCUGACCAUUCCGUAAAUAAUAUUUUUUUCUGUCACUGUGUGGCUAAAAUGGUGUCCCAUACCAAACUUCACUAGAUUCCAGAAUUAAAAAUCAAACUAAACUGUAGAAUAGAAAGUAUUUGACUGUUGAGUGUAUUUAUUAUUUAUAGGAAAUUAUUGAGAGAUUAGACGUAUAUGUGGCUAUUUGAACCCACUGCUGGGCCCAGCGCUGUCAUGACAAGGCACGGGUCUCGUGGACCUCGCCGUCGGACUAGUGGUGUUGCGGAUACGUGCGCUAAGCGUACGCGCAUUCGAAUGUUAUUGUAAGUUACUAAAGUGGUUUCGAUAGAUUGGUAAUAAUAAGAUUGAAUAAUAUGUUAAAGAUUUAAUCGAUUAAAAUCGAUAUGCCUGCGAUUCGCGUUUACGUAACACCACUAAGCUCGAUACACAUUGUGUAUAGUUGAAAUGAUAUACCUCUAUUUGUAAAUUAGUAAUUCUCUUUUUUGUUGUUGUUUAAAAAAAUUAUUUAUCAAUUUUUACGUGUUGUAAUGUAAUGGAAUCACGCGAUUGUCUAUCGAUAUAUUAUUUGUCUGUGACACGGCGUUCGCUUGUUUUUCGGUUUAUAACGUUACUCUGUUGCCUCUCGCCCACAUCUCGGUGCUAUCUUAAGGUGUGGUAAAGUACAGUGCGUCUUGCCUUUUCUACACGGUGACGUGAUAUCUCGUCACACAAAAACGUGUAAUUUAUCUCACCGAAUGUAUAAUUUCGUGAUAGAAUUGUUGUUACCUAUAAUAAAAUGUUACUGUAAAGUUAAUCAUUUUUAAGUCUGUGUGAUAUCACGUCGCAAAACUGCAAGUUUGAUAGUCAUGUACGAAAGGUGUUCUGUUGUCUCGGGUUGACGUGAAUUCGUCGCAAAUGUUAAAAAUAACAAAAAUCUGGAAACGUCUCGCAUAUAGAGUUGCGUCAUACAAUUUGUACACAAAAUUCUGUAUAUUCUUUAACUUAUGUAUUAUAGUUGUGAUUAAACAAUGCAGAUUUUAA